AUAGGAAAAAUAUGACGUGUUUGACGUACAACUAGUACGCAUUGUUUUCUCUAUAUAAAACCAUCUAAGUACAUUUAUUUCGCCAACAUUAGUAGUGGUUGGUUUAGUAACAGACAUAAAUAUAUUAACAAAAUGUCUGCGACGGUGACCAGCCCGGACCAGGUAGCCAGUCCUGGACUGUUCACAUCUACCAACACAUUUUUCUUACUAUUAGUGCCCACAUUAGCCUUAUUUUACGCCUACUGGCGUGUCUCCAGACGUCACAUGAUCGAAUUAGCCGACAAAAUACCCGGACCCAAAGGCUGGCCAUUGAUAGGAAACGUUUUAGACUUAAUAGGAUCACCAAACCAAAUAUUCAAUACCGUAUACAACAGAUCCUUCGAAUUCGGUAGGACAGUCAAACUGUGGGUUGGACCUAGACUUGUAGUAUUCUUGACUCACCCUGAUGAUGUUGAAAUUAUCUUAAGCAGUCACGUCCACAUUGACAAAUCGCCAGAAUACAGAUACUUCAAACCAUGGUUGGGAGAUGGUCUCCUUAUUUCCACAGGCCAGAAAUGGAGGGCUCACAGGAAACUCAUUGCCCCCACUUUCCACUUGAACGUGUUGAAGUCCUUCAUCGAUCUCUUCAACAAGAACAGCAGAGAAACCGUUAAGAAACUAGAAGGAACUCUUGGAAAGGAAUUCGACUGUCAUGAUUACAUGUCAGAAGCGACAGUAGAAAUUCUGUUAGAAACUGCAAUGGGUGUGAGCAAGAAGACUCAAGACCAGAGUGGAUACGACUACGCCAUGGCCGUGAUGAAGCUGUGCGAGAUCCUCCAUCUCAGGCAUGCCAAACUCUGGUUCAGACCAGACCUCAUUUUUAACCUGACCAAUACCGCCAAGUAUCAGGAAAAAUUGAUCGGCGUUAUCCACAGUCUGACUCGCAGAGUUAUUCAGAAAAAGAAGGCUGACUUCGAACAAGGCAUCCGAGGUUCCACAGCUGAACUCCCCGACGAAUACAAAACCAGCAAACUCGAAAAGAACGUACCACUAAAAACAACCACCCUCGAGGGCACUUCCUACGGCCAGUCUGUAGGUCUCAAGGACGAUCACGUAGACGAUGACGUAGGCGAAAAGAAGAGAAUGGCCUUCUUGGACUUGAUGAUCGAAGCCUCCCAAAACGGUGUCGUCAUCAACGACGAAGAAAUCAAAGAGCAGGUGGACACCAUCAUGUUCGAAGGUCACGACACCACAGCCGCUGGUUCCAGUUUCUUCCUGUGCCAGAUGGCUGCCCAUCCAGAGAUACAAGAGAAGGUUGUGCAGGAGUUGGAUGAGAUCUUCCAGGGAUCGGACAGGAUGGCUACUUUCGCCGAUACGUUGGAAAUGAAGUAUUUGGAGAGGUGUCUUUUGGAAACUUUGAGGUUGUUCCCUCCAGUACCUAUUAUUGCGCGUCAGCUUCAGCAGGAUGUUAAAUUGGCUUCUAAUCCAAAUUUGACUCUUCCUUCUGGAGCCACCAUUGUCAUUGCUCAGUUCAAAGUCCACCGUCUGGAAGAAAUUUACGGCCCCAAUCCAGACAAGUUCGACCCAGAUAACUUCUUGCCAGAAAGAGCAGCCAACAGGCACUACUACGCGUUCAUUCCUUUCAGUGCUGGACCUAGGAGUUGUGUCGGUCGCAAAUACGCCAUGUUGAAACUGAAAAUCCUUCUAUCCACCAUCUUACGAAACUACAAGAUCAAAUCCAACUACAAGGAAGAAGACUACAAACUACAGGGUGAUAUUAUUCUUAAGAGAGCGGACGGAUUCAAGAUUUCCUUGGAGCGCAGAAAGCCCUUAAGUGCCACUGCCUAAACUUAUGUUUAGCGCUUCUAGGCCAGAUAUUUAAAUGUUUAAGUUUAAAACAAUGAAGAGAAAUGUUAAAUAUUACUGUGACAUACGUCUUAAUAGUGUACAAAAACUUGUAAAAUACUAAUAAGGGUUUAUUUAUUUAUAAGAAAUUAGAUUUGUAAGAAAAAUGCUUACCUAUUUUAUACGAGGGCAUCUCAAUGAACAAAUAAAGUUCCGUAAAUGAAA